ACGCGCCUUUGAUCAGUCGAGGAUUCUGCAUUAGAGGUGCAAUUAAUGACAAAAUAACAGUGUUUUGAAUGAAUUUUAUUUAAAUUCGCUGUAGAUUAAAAUGGCUAGUUACGAUAGAAGUGACGAAGAAAUAAUGGAGGAGAAUAUGGAAGUUGAAGGCGCUGAAGAUGACGUUGAAGAUGAUGACGCUGAAAAGAAAGGAAAGAAAAGAAAAAAGAAAGAUGGCAGUGGGAAGAAGAAAAAGAAGAAGAAGAAGCAUCACCAUGAUGACGAUGGCUCGGAUGGUGAGAAACACAAGAAAAAGAAGAAAGAUAAAGGCAUGGCAGAUCUUGGAACACCUCGAGACAGACCAAGGCCAGGACAGGAAACAUCAGCAGAUAUUGCUGCCAAGUUUGGCCUAGCCAACAUUGAGCUGGAAUACACAGCUGAAGAUUUUGAGGCCCUAACAAACUACAAGCUGUUCAGAGAACAUAUUCAACCGCUACUGGUUGAUCAGAACCCCAAAGCGGCACAGGCCAAGCUGAUAAACCUUAUAGCAGCCAAAUGGCGGGAGUUUGCCCAGGCAGCUGGUCAAUACAAGAAGAAUAAACUCGGGGUGGUAAGCCCAACUACUGAUGGUACCGAGAAACACAUACCUGCAGAGCCCGAGACGCCCGUACAGGCAAAGGAGUCAGAUGAAGACACUGCAGAAGACUAUUACACUGAGGAGAAAGCCAGCACAGGCAAGAAAAAACGGGGUCGAAAACCUAAGGAGCCAAAAAUUGAACCUGAAGAAGAGAUCGAAGAAGAAGUUGAAAAUGAGGAGUAUGUUGAGGAGAAACCUAAACGACGUAGGGCAGCUAAGAAAUCCAAAAAAGCUUUGGAUGCUAUGGAGGAAGAAGAUUUUGAAGAAGAAGAAUACGUUGAGCUCGGUGCCAAAGGGAAGAAGAAGCGGGGCAGUGCUGGUAAAAAGAAGAAAGGGGCUGACUAUGAUGACGUGGAGGAGGAAGAGGAUGAGGACUCUUACAUGGAUGCCAAGAGUAGUGGUAAGAAGAAGAAGGGGAAGUCUGUGGCUCCAAUCAAGAUCAAGCUGUCUACAAAGAAGAAGCGCCGAAGAAAGGGGAGUAGUGAUGACGGUGAUGGUGGUGGCAACAACACCUCUGACGAGGAGUUUGAACGGCAACUAGAAGAAGCUAGUCUGAUUGCCGAACAGGAGAGAGAGGAAAAGCCGAAGCGUGUAAAGAAGGGAAAGAAAGCCGGCAAGGGCAAGAAACGUUUGAAGCUGAGUCGCUCUUUUGGAGGGGAGGAAGAUGGUUAUGAGACAGAACACCAGGAUUACUGCGAGGUGUGCCAGCAGGGAGGGGAAAUCAUCCUGUGUGACACCUGUCCCCGGGCUUACCAUCUUGUGUGUCUUGAGCCCGAAUUGGAGGAAGCCCCGGAGGGAAAAUGGUCCUGCCCUCACUGCGAAACUGAAGGUCCCGCCAUCCCAGAGGUUGAAGAUGACGACCACAAUGAGUUUUGUCGCGUUUGCAAAGACGGUGGAGAGCUGAUGUGUUGUGACAGAUGUCCCUCAUCUUACCACCCCCACUGUCUCAACCCCCCAAAGAAAGAGGUUCCCAAAGGGGAGUGGAUAUGUCCCAGGUGUUCAUGCCCGCCAAUGAAGGCAAAGGUGGCCAAGGUCCUGACGUGGAAGUGGACGGAGCCCCCGGAGCCGGAGAAAAAGAUGGAGGAGAUGGACCACACCCAUGAACAUCACCUCGAGCCCAAGUCAACACCGGAUCACAAGCCGGAGAGGGAGUUCUUUGUGCGGUAUGUGGGGCUGUCUUUCUGGCACUGUGAGUGGAUCUCAGAACUUCAGUUGGAUGUAUACCAAUCAGCUCUUAUCCGGAUGUACAUGCGUAAAAAUGACAUGGAUGAACCCCCGCCGUUAGAGGACGGUAGUAGUUGGGGAAAUAAGGAGAAGCGCAAACACGCUGCUGAUCAGGACACAGAUAACCUUGAAGAUAGAUUCUACAAGUACGGUGUGCGGCCUGAGUGGCUCCAGAUACAUAGGAUUAUCAACCACAGAGUUGAACACGGUCAGACUAGUUAUUUGGUAAAAUGGAGAGACCUAAACUACGAUAUGGCAACAUGGGAGCCCGAAGACAGUGAAGUGCCCGAUUUCAAAGCUUCAAUAGAUUACUAUGACAACCUCAGGAGGGUGAUGUUGGGUGGUCCGGCGGAAGAGAAGCCGCGUAAGAAGAAGGGCAAGAAGAAGAAAGGGGAGGAAGAAGGCGUGGAUUCUCCUCGACCUAUGGGCAUGCCGCCUGCAUAUCCAGUCACUGAUAUGCGUAAGCAGCUACCUGAUGACCCAGAUUACCUUAAACAAACUGGUGGCAAACUACACCCGUACCAGCUGGAGGGCCUCAACUGGCUGAGAUACUCCUGGGCCAACCACACAGACACCAUCUUGGCUGAUGAAAUGGGCCUCGGAAAGACUAUUCAGACCAUCUCAUUCCUUUCUUCCUUGUAUAAUGAAGGCCACUGUAAAGGUCCGUUCCUGGUGUCGGCACCACUGUCAACCAUUAUCAACUGGGAGAGAGAGUUUGAGUUCUGGGCUCCUAAUCUUUAUGUGGUCACAUACACAGGAGACAAAGACUGCCGUGCAGUCAUAAGAGAAAAUGAAUUUUCAUUUGAUGAGGGAGCUGUACGUACAAUAGGCGGUAAAGCUUCGAAAAUGAAGCAGGGUAGCAGUGUGAAAUUCCACGUCCUUCUGACGUCGUACGAGUUGAUCAGUAUUGAUACAGCGACCCUUGGAUCUAUAGACUGGGCAGUCUUAGUUGUGGAUGAGGCUCAUAGGCUGAAGAAUAACCAGUCUAAGUUUUUCCGUAUCCUGUCCAACUACCACAUUGCGUACAAGCUGCUACUGACAGGGACCCCACUACAGAACAACCUUGAAGAGUUGUUCCAUCUGCUCAAUUUCAUGUCUCCGGAUAACUUCAAUGAUCUACAGCACUUCCAGAGUGAGUUUGCGGACAUUUCCAAGGACGAUCAAGUUAGGAAACUCCACGACAUGCUGGGCCCUCACUUGCUGCGUCGUCUGAAGGCUGAUGUACUCAAGGGAAUGCCCGGCAAGAGUGAAUUCAUUGUCAGAGUGGAGCUUAGCCCUAUGCAAAAGAAAUACUACAAAUAUAUUCUGACACGUAACUUCUCAGCCCUAAACAUCAAGGGUGGUAAUUCUGUUUCCCUGCUCAACAUCAUGAUGGACUUGAAGAAAUGCUGUAAUCAUCCGUACCUCUUCCCAACUGCACAACAGGAGGCUCCUCGCACGCACAAUAAUGCAUAUGAAGGCACAGCCUUGACGAAGGCGUCUGGCAAGUUGAUUUUGGUAUCCAAAAUGAUGAGUAAGCUGAAAGAGGACGGGCAUAGAGUACUUAUAUUCUCACAGAUGACAAAGAUGUUGGAUAUUCUUGAAGAUUUCUUGGAACACGAGGGUUACAAAUACGAGCGUAUUGAUGGCGCUAUUACGGGAUCUCAGAGACAAGACGCCAUUGACAGGUUUAAUGCUCCUGGAGCAGAACAGUUUGCAUUCCUGUUAUCCACAAGAUCUGGUGGUCUGGGCAUCAACCUGGCUACAGCCGACACCGUCAUCAUUUACGAUUCUGAUUGGAACCCUCACAAUGACAUACAGGCAUUCAGUAGAGCCCACAGGAUUGGUCAGGCAAACAAGGUACUCAUCUAUCGGUUCGUGACGAGGAAUUCAGUGGAAGAGAGAAUCACACAGGUAGCAAAGAAAAAGAUGAUGUUGCAGCAUUUAGUGGUACGACCAGGAGUUGGCAACAAGACAACUUCCAUGUCUAAACAAGAGCUGGAUGAUAUCUUGAAAUUUGGAACAGAAGAACUGUUUAAAGAAGUGGAGGGUGAUGAUGACGAAGAAAAGCGUAUUGUGUACACUGACGAAGCUAUCUCACAGCUUCUGGAUAGAUCUAAAGAAGCCCAGGAAGAAAAGGAAAUAGCUAUGAAUGAUUACUUUGACUCAUUCAAGGUGGCUGCCUACAAUGUCAAGGAGGGCGAAAGUGAUGAGGAGGAACAAGAGACAGAAGUGUUGAAACAGGAGGCAGAGCAUGCUGACCCCGCCUACUGGGAGAAAUUGCUCCGUCACCACUACGAGCAGCAGCAGGAGGAUCUUGCCCGAACCCUUGGAAAGGGCAAACGAGUCAGGAAACAGGUGAACUAUAACGAUGCCACCCUUGGAACUCAGGACGACGUUGCUUGGAAGGAGACCAUGUCGGAUUAUGAUUCCGACUUCAGCCAUAAUGGGGAGAAUGAGGAUGAUGAUGACGAAGAAUUCUUAGGGGAGGGCCAGAAAGACGGAGCUGGCCGAAGCAAGCGCUCCGAGCGUCGUGAGAGAGACAGACCAUUACCACCACUGCUGGCCAGGGUUAAUGGACAGAUUGAGGUCCUGGGAUUCAAUGCGAGACAAAGGAAAGCCUUCCUGAACGCUGUCAUGAGAUACGGCAUGCCCCCACAGGAUGCAUUUAACUCUCAAUGGUUGGUUCGAGAUCUGCGAGGCAAGUCAGAGAAAGUAUUCAGGGCUUACGUAUCCCUGUUUAUGCGCCACCUGUGUGAACCAGGAGCCGACAAUGCGGAGACAUUCGCUGACGGUGUUCCCAGAGAGGGGCUGUCACGGCAACAUGUACUUACUAGGAUUGGGAUCAUGUCAUUGGUCAGGAAAAAGGUACAAGAGUUUGAAGCUAUCAAUGGGAUCAACAGUAUGCCAUAUGUGAAAGCCACAGAGGCGGUUGAGAAAACAAAAGAAGAGAAAGACUCAGCUGCCCCCUCUCCUGCUCCUAACGCAGAGACCAAAGAAGGGGAAAAGGUGGAAAAUGAUAAGAUGGAAACUGAGGAUACUCAGAAGGCUGCUGAAGAUGGAGAGAAAAAGGCUGAUGGUGCUGAGAGUACAAUGGAGCUGGUGAUGGCAAGAAAGAUGAAGCGGAAAGUGGGAAAUUAGAAGAUGGAAAAU